UGGUAAAGCGCGGCUGCUGGGACUUGGUAAGUUCAGUCUUGGCUGUCACCGAAAGUUUCAAUAUCCACACUGCUCAACUAUGAAAUUCGCUCGAUGAGCAUGUUUCUCAUCGUUCCUCACCCUCUGAGAUCCACCGACUCCGCAUCUCUAAAUGACGAGGAGUGAUUCCGAAUCGGCAUACGGCCCGUCGCCAAAGAUGACCUUCGGCGUCGCAGUGGUGCCGAACGUGAACUCGUCUUCGGCCGCCGAGCUGCAGAUCGAUAUCUUACCCACCGACAUCUCUUUCGGCUUGGACUGGGGCUCUGCGUUCUCGUUCCACGAGACGUCGAAUGCGUCCGGGAGGAGGAAGACUGGGUUUCUUUAUGUGCCGACUUUUGAUGACAGUGACUGCGAUCCGGAUAAUAUCGGCGAACAGGCGAAUGUAACCCGCGUCGCGAAUCUCCCGGCGGGGUAUAAUCUCAUCGCGCUGGCGCCGAUGCACGAGGUUUCCUGCUCGGAUAAGUGGAUGGACAAGGCAUCACAGGACGGCGCGGAUACCUUGAUUUUUUACGACACCAGCGACUUCAAUUCCACGAGUUUGUCGUUUGAUUACCAGACCGGUAUCGGGGAGGGAACUUCGCUUAUCGACGACAUCGGCUCGUUCUCGUUAUCAGUCUAUUACGUCCCCGGUCGCGUCGGCAGCGAGCUUCUCGAGCAGCUUGAAGCGUAUUCUGGGAACUUGACUGGCGUCCCUCACGGGGCUGAGCUUGCGACGUAUUACGACUACCGCGACUAUGUUCGCGUGGUUGUCGAGAUCCAGUCGGUUACAAGACACCAUGGCACCGGGCUGUGGGUGUACGUCGUGGUUGCGGUCGCGAUUCUCUUGCUGGUGCUGGCUACGACUUCGCUUGCUGUUCAUCUUUUCCAGGCGCGGAAUCGGAGAAAUUUAAGAAGGAGAAUGGAGAAUGGCGAGAUCGACCUCGAGUCGUUGGGGAUUAAACGGUUGACGGUGCCAAGGGCUAUACUAGACAGUCUCCCGAUCCGACUCUAUGUUCCUGCCACCGGCGACAGCGACGCAGAUCAACAGCAAGAGGAAGCGGCAGUGACGGCAAAGUUGCAGGAAGACGUGAUGACGCUGACGACGACGACGGUUGCUGGAUUUAACCAGCACUCAUGUCCGAUCUGUCUCGAGGACUUUGAACCCAACGAGGCGCUUGUCAGGCAAUUGCCUUGCAGGCAUGUCUACCACGUUGCCUGCAUUGAUGAUUUCCUGGAACACCAUUCGUCGCUGUGUCCGCUGUGUAAACAGUCUGCGCUGCCAAAGGGAUAUAUUCCCCCGACGCUGCGGAUAACCAACGCCACCGUCAGACGAGAACGACGGAUGCGAAGGGCGCGCGAGCGUGGGAUGAUGAUGGAUGAGGAUGAUGAGUAUUAUAACGGAGACAGACGGCACGGAGGAGGAAGAAGAUUGCUGGCCCGCCCUAGGUGGCUUAGCAGCGGACAAGCGCACCACCGGAGAUGGAGACGAGUUGCGCCCGAGAAUAACGGCGACGACGAUAACCUCGAACUACGAGAACUUGCGCGGCAAUCUACCGCUGCUGCAAUUGAGCCAAAUAGAAUCAUGAGCCCGUACACGGACGCUGAAGAAGACGACGACGGCGACGAGACGCAGCACCGUCGAGGACGGCGACCGACGAUCGUGCAGCGAACGCGGCGGCCGGCGAGGAAUGAGCCUGGGGCGGUUGUGGCGGCUGACGGGUCUGUGUUUGUGGUUGAGCCUGGGGAGGAGGAUGAGGGUUUGCAGAGCGGUCGGAUGAAACGGAUCUUGCGAUUGGUGUUUCCUUAUAUGUAUUGAUAAUUGCCCUUUGACGGCUGGCGUUUUGUGUAGCUGUUGAGCUGUGGUGUUUGGUUGUUUAUAGGUUUGGGAAGU